UUUGUCUCCUCCUCCUCCUGUGCGUGUGUCUUUCUUUGCAUCUCCACUCUUCUCCCUCCCCUCCUCCGGAUCGAUCGCUGGCCGAGGAGACCUCCAAAGGGCCGGGCACUUUGUGGGAUCGUCCUUGUUCCUCCUGCGUUUGCCGAGUCAAGGGUAUCUCUUUGCAGGCUUGGAGAGAUGCUGUUACUCCUGGUGAUGUGAUUGCAUAGCAACACAGCAGCGCGGGGCGGUGGAGGAGGAGAGGCAGGGAGCGUGCAGACAGCAGCGCUCAGCCUCAGCAUGCAUCCCUGUCACAGGGACUCCUUUGCUGAUUCACAGAGGCAGCCCCAGUCCCUGCUCCCGAAGCCCGGCGGCCGCUGCCCCCGUGUCUCAGACCUGGUGGACUCGGAAGGUGCUCGUGCCCAGAGUUGUCUCUGUCCCCAUGAACAUCGGUUCUGAUGCAGCCCCUGGUGAUGCAGGAAUGGCCCUAUGUCCUCCCACGAUGUCCUGAGUGGCACAUCGCAGACCAGGCGCAGCACAGCAGCACUGCCCACCCACUGCCUCAGGUUGAAGCCUCACAGGAUGGUGCAGGACCUUUGUGUGUAACCUCCCGGGCUCCAAGCAGUGCUGCCAGGCCCCGGGCCCCUCUGGAGAUGAAUCUUUGCUGGAAUGAGAUCAAAAAGAAAUCCCACAGCCUUCGGGCUCGGCUGGAGGCCUUUUCUGACCACAGUGGGAAGCUGCAGGUGCCUCUCCAGGAGAUAAUAGACUGGCUCGGGCAGAAGGAUGAGGAGCUCUCUGCACAGCUGCCCCUGAGGGGCGAUGUCCUCCUGGUGCAACAGGAAAAGGAGACGCAUGCGGCUUUCAUGGAAGAAGUGAAGUCUCGGGGACCAUACAUUUACUCUGUCCUGGAGUCGGCACAGGCUUUCCUUUCCCAGCAUCCAUUUGAGGAAUUAGAAGAACCAACCUCAGAAAGCAAAGAUGUCUCUCCCCGGCACCGGAUCCAAAACAUCAGCCGCUUUGUCUGGAAGCAGGCAAAUGUGGCCAGUGAGCUGUGGGAGAAGCUCACGGCCCGGUGUGUGGACCAGCACCGCCACAUUGAACGGACGCUGGAGCAGCUGCUAGAGAUUAAAGGGGCCAUGGAGGAGCUCAGCACGACACUGGACCAGGCUGAAAACGUGCGUGAAACCUGGGAACCCAUUGGGGACCUCUUCAUUGACUCCUUGCCAGAGCACAUCCAGUCGACCAAGCUGUUCAAAGAGGAGCUCUCCCCCAUGAAGGAUGGGGUGAAAGUGGUCAAUGAUCUUGCGCACCAGCUUGCCAUCUCAGAUGUCCACCUGUCCAUGGAGAACUCCCGUACCCUGGAGCAGAUCAACACACGCUGGAAGCAGCUGCAGGCCUCCAUAAACGAACGCCUGAAGCAGCUCCAAGAUGCCCACCGGGACUUCGGACCAGGCUCCCAGCACUUCCUCUCCUCCUCUGUCCAGGUCCCCUGGGAGCGAGCCAUUUCCCCCAACAAAGUGCCAUACUACAUCAAUCACCAGGCCCAGACGACAUGCUGGGACCACCCAAAGAUGACAGAGUUGUACCAGACACUGGCGGAUUUGAAUAACAUCAAGUUCUCAGCAUAUCGGACGGCUAUGAAGCUACGACGGGUGCAAAAAGCCCUGCGAUUGGACAUGGUAACCCUGGCCACGGCCUUGGAAAUCUUCAAUGAGCAUGACCUGCAGCCCAGUGACCGGGCGAUGGAUGUGGUGGAGGUCAUCCACUGCCUGACCGCCCUCUACGAGAGGCUGGAGGAGGAGCGGGGCAUCCUGGUGAAUGUGCCACUCUGUGUGGACAUGAGCCUCAACUGGCUGCUGAAUGUCUUUGACAGUGGCCGCAGUGGGAAGAUGAGGGCUCUCUCCUUCAAGACGGGCAUUGCAUGUCUGUGUGGGACAGAGGUCAAGGAGAAGUUUCAGUAUCUCUUCAGCCAAGUGGCGAACACUGGGGGACUGUGUGACCAGCGGCACCUUGGCGUCCUGCUUCACGAGGCCAUCCAGGUCCCACGCCAGCUGGGGGAAGUGGCGGCAUUUGGGGGCAGCAAUGUGGAGCCCAGCAUCCGUAGCUGCUUCCGCUUUAGCAAUGGGAAGCCUGCCAUCGAGGCAUCCCAGUUCCUGGAGUGGGCCAACCUGGAGCCACAGUCCAUGGUGUGGCUGGCCGUGCUGCACCGGGUGACCAUAGCUGAGCAGGUGAAGCACCAGACCAAGUGCUCCGUCUGCCGGCAGUGCCCCAUCAAGGGCUUCAGGUAUCGGAGCCUGAAGCAGUUCAAUGUGGAUAUCUGCCAGACUUGCUUCCUCACCGGGCGGGCCAGCAAGGGCAACAAACUGCACUACCCCAUCAUGGAGUACUACACCCCGACUACAUCCAGUGAGAACAUGAGAGACUUUGCCACAACACUGAAGAACAAAUUUCGGUCCAAGCAGUAUUUCAGCAAGCACCCGCAGAGAGGUUACCUGCCCGUCCAGUCCGUACUUGAGGCUGACUUCUCUGAGACACCAGCCUCCUCCCCGAUGUUACCACAUGCUGACACCCACUCCCGGAUCGAGCACUUUGCCAGCAGGCUUGCAGAGAUGGAAAGCCAGAACUGUUCCUUCUUCAAUGACAGCCUGUCCCCUGACGAUAGCCUGGACGAGGACCAGUACCUGCUGCGCCAUUCCAGCCCCAUCACCGACAGAGAGCCUGGGGGCAGCCAGCAGGUUCCAGGAAGCCUCAGCAUGGAUGACAAAGGAGAGCUGGAGCGAAUCCUCGCCCACUUAGAGGAUGAAAACAGGAUACUCCAGGGAGAGCUGAGACGUUUGAAAUGGCAGCAUGAUGAGGCGGUGGAGUCUCCAACCUUGGCUACAGGCUCCCCCGAAUCAGUGCAAGACCCACAUAACGAUGAGCUCCUGGCAGAAGCACGAAUCCUCCGGCAGCACAAGAGCCGCCUGGAGACCCGCAUGCAGAUCCUGGAGGACCACAACAAGCAGCUGGAGUCCCAGCUGCACCGGCUGAGGGAGCUGCUGCUGCAGCCUCCAGCAGAGUCAGAUGGCAACAGUUCAGCAGCCUCUUCCUUGGCUUCCUCUCCGCAUCAGUCUGAAGGCAGCCAGGCAAAGGAGAAAGAGCACAACACUCCUGACACGGAAGCUGCAGAUGAUGUGGAAGCCAAAACCCAGGAAGUCAGCGUGUGCCUGGAAGACAUCAUGGAGAAGCUGCGGAACGCCUUCCCCAACUCUCGAGGUACUCGAGUGAAAUCCCCCUCUCUGGCCUCUUACUGCUCCCUCAGAUGAGGUUUUCCCCACAGAGCCCUGCCCCGAUCCCAGCUUCCCUGCGAUGGCCGAUCCCCUGCAGCACCUGCAGCCAAGAGCAAUGCUGCCGCAGUGCUGCUGGGACUGGUGUGUGGCCUGGGCGCAGAGAGGAUGAGGAGAAGGUUUCACACCUGCAAGGAGAGGCAACCAGAGCUGCCAAGACUAUGGACCAACUAGAUCCCCUCAGAUGAGCUGCAAGGCAGCCUGCUGCCCUGCUUGGGACCCCGCACCUCAAGGGGCUCCCCACUGCGAAGAUGGACAGACCUGCCAGCAUUGAGUUUGCAGCGAUCACCUUGAGCUACCUCCUUGCUUCAUCCCUGUCCAGACCCCUCUCCAGGAGAGGUCGAGGCCCCAGUUACCUGGUGAGAUGGAAGCAAUGGUGCAAGCUCUCCUGGCUGCUCAUGGACGGCUCUUCCCAGCAGGGAUGGGGACUGGGGGAUGUGUGUGUGGACGGUGCUCCACUCGCCCAGUGGGUUUUGGUGUUGGCCUUUCUGCUGUCCCUCUGUGCUCCAGCCCAGGAGCUGCAUUUGGUCCCUCACCCAGGCUACCCAUGUGUGUGCUGGGGGGAGACAUUGCUUGGUGCCAGCACUAACACAAGGAGGGGGAGAGCUUCCCUCUCUGUCCACGCAGACCCUCACCCACUUUCUGCCAUCCCUGAGCAGGAUCCUCCUGGCUCUGCACCAGCCCUGUUCUAACCAGGUGGCUCUGGGUCCUAUUUUCCUGACCUCUUAAUUUCUCUUUCAGGUAUGACCUCCCUUAUCUAACACCUCCUGUGAGCCAGAGGCUUUUCCUAACCAGCUACCUGGCUGCUUUCCUCCCCCUCCUCUCCCUGCCAUGCUCCCUGUGCUGCGGCAGACCUUGCACAGACUCCCUCUGAGCCGGUCGUGCAGGAUGCUUGCUAGCUCCAGAAGAUCUCAGGGGAACAUAGGUCAUGCAGGAGUGGGACUGUGGGCUCCACAGGAGGCUGGCUCGGUCACUCAGCCACAGUGUCGAAGCCUGGGUGGAAAGGUUCAGAAGAAAGAACCAAAGCCAUGAAAGCUGCCUGUCUCCCCCAGUGCUCACAGGCUGCUGCCUUUGCCCACAGCUCUCGGGGGAUGCAGAGCUCAGCAUCCUGUUCCUCUUCAGUUGUGCCCAGGGGUCUCCAGGUUUAUGGGCACCAAAACACUCCUGGAGCCACCGUUUUUAAAAAAACUCUUUCUAACAGUAUCCAGCUGCCAGCCUUAUGGAUUGAACUCUCUCUGCCACCCAGGCCUCUGCAGCAAGCCAGGUACAUACCAUCUAGUGGGGAGAGUCCCCGAGGUUUAUGGAGUGGGGAUGAGUCCAUGUUAGAGCUUCAGCCCAGCUAGUAGCCUUAUCUUCAGAGGGUCUUUAUAACAGAGCCUUAUCAUUUAAUUUGCAUAUAUUUCUAUAUAUUAUAUAUAUAUAUAUAUAUAUAUAUAUAUUCUGUACUUAAAUACUCUCAUGGACUCAAUCCAUAAAAUUCUAAUACUGUAAGUGCAGCUGCCCUUCACUUUCAGUCCAGCCCAGCAUCUGCUCCCGCAGGGACCAGCACCUUACCCAUUGCUGGUGCUUGCCCUGGAGCAGGGCUGCUGCAAGAGGAGAUCAGCAGAGGGCUGGCGGACUGGCAGCAGGUACUCCAUCCCACCUAGUUUCCUGGGGAGCUGUGCCUUUGCCAUGGCACAGAGAGCCUGUCCUGCCCGGACCCAGCUCCAUCCAUGAGGAGCCCUGGCUUCUGCAGCUGCCGAUCCCCAUGGCACUGCAGAAACGGCUUUCUCCAGCCAUAGCUCCAGCCCUGGGGCCACCAGCAUGUUGGGCUGUGAUGCAGGAGCAUAGUGGUGCGGGCAGGCAGCAGGACAGGCAGGGCACCUCGUUGCAACUCCCAAGGAGCAGUUGCCCUGCUUCUGUGCCCCAGUUUGAGCUGGGCUGAGGGGCAGGAGGCACUCAUUAGAAGCAGGGGAGUCCUGCUGGGCAGUGGAGGAGGCUGUUCUGCAAGCUGGCAGGGUAGCUCAGUGGUGGUGGCUCCUGGUCCCAAAAGCUCCCUCAGGCUGGCUGUCUCAUGCUGUGUUAUGUCGAGAAAGAGGUAGAGUCAGGUGCUGUGGGGUGCCCCAGAAUAGAGGCUGAGAUGGCCCUGGUGCUCUGGGGCCACAGGCUGAGGGAUGAGAUGCCGGAGCCCUCUGGGCAGGGCAGGGCGCAGGCAGGGCUGCAUGCUGGUGUGAAGCAUCCUGCCCAAAAAAGGGCUUGCUGUGAGGACAGGGAUGGGGCUGUUGUCACUGGUUGGGAUGGGAUGCAGUGGUGAGCUGUUUGGGGAGGUUUGGACCAAGGCAGUGUGUGGCGGCACAGGACAGCGCGGUUGUCUUCAGUGUGCUGGCAGAGGUACGAAGCAGUGCCCACACCAGGGAUUAGGUGGUGCAAGCCUUACAGCCAGGUGUUUGGGGUCUUGUGCUGCAGUGUCCACUACCAGUGGUGCAGGUUGCUGUCCUUGACAUCCCCUUUCACACCCAGGCAAGCGGCAGGAGUGCAGGAGCAGUGGCAUUGGUGUUAGGUUGGCUGUAAGUACGCUGUGUGUCAAGCUGCUUGUUUGACUGCGGUGAGUGACCACAUGCCAACCUGUGAGACCUGGCUGGAACCCCCUGUUAUUCCAAUGGCAAGAUGGGGGGACCGUGCGGAGGAGGAGCAAGGCCUUGGACUGAGGAUGAGGUCAGGAUUACCCAGCCUGGUGGGAGCUGGAGGAAGGAAAAGGCAGGAUGAGGGCAGAGCUUCUGGCCCCAGUGCCAAGUGUGGGAAGCAGUGGUGGCCAGGCUGGGUGCUUGGGCUGUUUGGGAGCUGGGAUGCGGCAGGGAGGGGAGCAGGCUGGCUAAUGCUCUGGUAACCUUGUACUGUGGUGCUGCUGUCCUCGCUGCUUCACGCCAUCUCUGCUCUGGAAAGAGAAUAAAUUUGUAUUUAUACUGAGA